AUGAUAAGAGGAGCAAGGAGGAUACUCAAAACACAAACCAAGGAGGACAUAGAAGAGGUUGAGAGGGUGAGGGAAGAAAGGAGAACCAAAAGAAGGAAUGAUCCUCUCAGCAGUGAGAGCGAAGCAGGAGAGUUUGAAAUUGGGGUGAACAUCCCACAUGAGGAGAAUGAUGACUCCCAAGUGAAGAAGAGGGUGAAGAGAUCAAUCAAGAGAUUGAGGAGAGUGAGCAUGAGGGCAAUGAGAAUGUGCCCAUGGAAGAGGAGGAGUCAAGUGAAGAAGAGGAUGAGCUCCCCAUAUGUGGAGUUGGUCCUCAAGAACAUGCACUUGGCCAAGCUCUUCUCCUACCACAUGGAAUCCUACAAGGAGCUCACUUGCGAGUUCCUAGCUUCAAUGAGGUACCACAUGUAUGAGGAAGAUAGAGCUGAUUUGGACCAAGGAUUGGGAUGGAUCACGUUCUUGGCUAAGGGAGAGAAGAGAAUGGUGACCUUUAGGCAGCUUGGAGAUCUUGUUUGGGUCAAGGCAGCUCAGAUCAGGAGCCCAGUCUUGAGAUAUGUGCACAAGGCACUUGCCAACACCUUCUUUGCAAGGAAGGCAACCGGGACAAUCAACGAGGGGGAACUCAAGUUUCUUGACAUGGGAAUCAAGCCCCUUCUCUCACGCACAAGCGAUGGCAAGAGGAUAAGGGGAGAUAGGUCUGACACAGGGAACUUGAUGCCUUUCCUUGACCACCUCCUCACCUACAAGAUCACGGCUUACAACACUAGGCACCAAAGAGGAAGAAAGCUUAGUAUUGGAGGGCUCAUCACACCUAUCUUGUGUGCUGCUGGAGUAAACCCAACUGAUAGGAGAGCUACUGAACCAGGUUGGAUGGACAUCAAGUUCUGCAAGACCAACCUCCUCAUUGAGCACAAGGAGUUAGAUGGGAGACCCCCUGUGUACACAUUAGUUGGGCAUGAGGAUGAUCUGCGAGAAGAGGAGCCUGAGCUCGAUCGAGCUGAGUCUCGAGCUGAGGGUCGAGCUGAGGAUCAGGUCCAGGGGAGCGCUGACUUGGGUGAGCCUGAGUGCUACUACUUUGAGGAGUAUGAGGCUCCAAGGAUGAACCCCUCUGUUGUGGCUGCCCACAAGAGGAUUGGACUUCUCCAAAAGGUUCAACAAUGGCAAGGGAAAGCCAUGAGAAGAUGCAAAAGUCCAUGGACAAGAUGGUGA